UUUUCCAGAUGGCGUCAAUCAGCACGCCGAGGGCCCAUAUCUCUCAUCUGGGCCGGAAACUCCCCAAUUCAGCCAUUACCCCGUUUUCUCAACUAACCCACCGGCACCGAUUUCAACACCACGUCCGCUCCUCGCACUCCGGAAAGUCUCACAAUCGCCCAUCAAUCUCCGCAAAGCCAAAUGAGAAGCGCAUCACUCCAGUGUCCUCAGCACCCGCCGUUUCGCUAUCAGACGACGUCAAUCCACCACCCAGCACCCGCCCUGCGGACCUCGAAACACCCGCACCUCUAGCCCCAUCCGCCUCCGUCGGCGAGAAGGCGCAGCGUCUCAUCGCGUACGGACGCGCAUAUCUCGCCUUUUACAAAACAGGCUUGAAGAACGUGUACCAAAACUACCGCAAUUCAUUGCCUAUUCGUCGCUCCCUGGGCAUCCCGUCGUACUUGCCUACGUCGCCGCCGCCGAAGUUCUUCAUUAAAAGCAGCAGUGGGCAUAGCAAACAUGUCAAACCCAAGACCAGCCGCUCAACAUUCCAGCUCCUCAAUCGCUCAGCGUAUGAUGUCCGGCGCAUGAUCCCCUUUGCCCUGGUGCUGAUCAUCUGCGGCGAGUUCACGCCGCUUCUGGUCAUCGCGUUUGGAAACGCCAUCACGCCGUUUACAUGUCGGAUUCCCAAACAAAUCGAUAAGUAUCGCAGGCAGCGAGCAGACCGGAAGUCGGCAGCGCUGAGCGCAUACACAGAAGCAUUGAAUGGGUCUGUCAGGACUCCGAAACCAGGGUCGAAGGAGGAGCUAGAUCUGCUUUCUGCUUUCGCGAGCAAGAAGUUUGCGAAGGAGGCUAGUGCACAGGACGUCCUGACUGCGUGCGCGGUGUUUGGUCUGAUCAAGUCGCAUAAUAGGCCGAGUUUGCUGGUCGAGCCGGUCUAUCGAAAAAGGUUGGCGAAACAUACCGAGUAUCUGGCGGUUGAUGAUAAUUUAAUUAAGAGCUGUGGUGGGGUGACGAAGAUGGAAAGUUCAGAGGUUAAAAUUGCUGUUGAGGAGCGCGGAGGGUAUGGGCUAAUGACGGGAGCGAGUGCGCGGGAGGUUGAGAAGGCCGAAAGGAGAUGGUUGGAGAUGUGGUUGCAGACGUCCCAGCCGGACAAGUAG